GAGGACCUGCGUUGUGACAUUCAAGACUCUUUUUCUCUAGCGUUGGAUUUGUAUUAGGCACCAGCACCAUGUGUAAAGGGCUCGCUGCCCUCCCAGCAACAUGCUUGAAAAGUGCCAAAGACAUAAAGCAUAAGAUUGGCUUCCUGCUUCAAAAGCCAGAUCCACCUCAAGAUCAGAAGACUCUGAAGGAGAAGGAGAAGGAGAAAGUGGAGAACAGAGUCCCUAUUGCUGAAAUUGAGAAAUGGAAAACAUCAUUUAACAACCUGAUUAAAAAUGAAGAUGGCCUGAAGGCUUUCACGUCCUUUUCACAGUCCGAGUACAGUCAAGAGAACAUUGAAUUCUGGGAAGCCUGUGAGGAUUUCAAGCAGACAUCAGUGGACAAGAUGAAUGUGAAAGCUAAAAAGAUAUUUGAGCGAUACGUUGAAGUCGAUUCCCCUAGUGAGGUGAAUUUGGAUUCGGCCACCAGAGAACUCACUAGAAAGAAUCUGGAAAGAUGUGACUCAUCCAGUUUUGAGGAGGCUCAGAGCAAAAUCUUCACCCUCAUGGAAAAGGACUCAUACAGGCGCUUCCUGAAAUACAAACUGUUCCUGGAACUGUCUCGACCACUGUUGGACAACAAACCCUGUAGUUUAGAGAAGAAAGGAAAACGACACGUUUCUGACCACGGUCAGUGCUUGCCUAGUUAUGCCUAACCUGAACCAUCUCCUCCUAGAUGAACAAAGUAUAUGACGAACUUUGCCAUAAUGUGACUUCCACUCAUUUCGGCUGCCUAAGUCUUGUUCACGUUUCAGUGUAAAACGGUGGAGUUGUAACUCCAGAGCCAAACUACAAAUCAUUAAAUGGUUCAGUCAUUGUGAUUGUAACACUUUUAGCUUUGCAGCAGCACUAAGAGUGUGUAGUUUCACUGCUUGAGCAUGAUCUAAAUGGGUUUUGUGCAGGCAAUGUUUUUACUGACAACAGAAAUUACCCGCAUCUACUCCUCAACCUUGAAAUUCCAUUGAAUUGGCUUUGGGAAAACAAUAUACCUGUGACGUAGUUUAAAUGACUGUUACAGACAGAAAAUGUUUUUUACUUAGGAUUUUUUUAAAACUCUGAUGAGAAUAGGACCAUUAAUAUCACUAAAAUAUAACCAAUUGUAUUCUCUUUACUCUUGUAAUGCUCUGUAAUGCAUAUAUUAACAUAUGUUUAUGUAUAAGCUCUCUCAACUUUAAAGGUGAUGUACGUUCUUUCUACUUCAAAUGUGAAAUUUCCAGCAUUUCCUUUUUCUUUUGGCCGCUCUUCAAAAUCCACAAAAUGACAAGUGAAUGUGAUAAAUGUGCAUGUGCAAUGUAUUACCUGUCACUGCAAAUGAUUUAGGAUGCGUUCAGUAGUGAAACUGUGUCUUGGCUGUAAGGCAAACUUUACAUAUCAAAUAACAAAUGCUCCUGUUAGAAUAAAUUGCCAAAUGUGAGUUGUUUA